AUGGAAGCAGUAGCUCAACAGUUCACAGACUUUUAUUACUCGACCUUUGACACGGAUCGCUCGCAGUUGGGCUCGCUUUACCGUCCCCACUCGAUGCUCACCUUUGAGGGCGCACAGACGCAGGGUGCGCAAGCUAUUGUUGAAAAGCUCGUGAGCCUUCCUUUCCAAAAGGUGCAGCACAAGGUCGACACACGCGAUGCGCAGCCGACUGGCGACGGUCAAAGUCUCGUUGUCCUUGUGACGGGCAUGCUUCUUGUGGAUGAUGGCCAGAAUCCGCUCAAGUUCAGCCAGUCCUUUACGCUACUUCCCGAGGGUGGCUCGUUCUAUGUGUUCAACGACAUUUUCCGUUGUAAAGUCGAUGUCAAGAUUGUUUGCUGGUCUAGAUCCUCUAUGCGACACUGGGCGUUUGUCGAGGAUUUCUUUCGCGAGAGCUACACAACCUAA